AGAGAGAGAGAGAGAGAGAACAGAACCCGAGACAUGGAGGGGAAGGAGCAAGAUGUUUCGUUGGGAGCCAACAAGUUCCCGGAGAGGCAGCCGAUUGGAACGGCGGCGCAGAGCCAAGACGAGGGGAAGGACUACCAAGAACCACCACCCGCGCCGCUGUUUGAGCCGUCCGAGCUGACAUCAUGGUCGUUCUACAGAGCUGGGAUAGCAGAGUUCGUGGCCACUUUUCUGUUCCUUUACAUCACCAUCUUGACCGUUAUGGGCGUCAGCAGGUCCCCAUCCAAGUGCCAAUCUGUUGGUAUUCAAGGAAUCGCUUGGGCUUUCGGUGGCAUGAUCUUCGCCCUUGUUUACUGCACCGCUGGCAUCUCAGGAGGUCACAUAAACCCGGCGGUGACGUUCGGGCUGUUCUUGGCGAGGAAAUUGUCGUUGACUAGAGCGCUGUUCUACAUGGUGAUGCAGGUGUUGGGUGCUAUCUGUGGCGCUGGUGUGGUGAAGGGUUUCGAGGGAAAAACUAGGUACGGUUUGAACAAUGGUGGUGCCAACUUUGUUAACCCUGGUUAUACCAAAGGUGAUGGCCUUGGUGCUGAGAUUGUUGGUACCUUUAUUCUUGUCUACACCGUCUUCUCCGCCACAGAUGCCAAGCGUAACGCCAGAGACUCUCACGUCCCUAUUUUGGCACCCUUGCCUAUUGGGUUCGCUGUGUUCUUGGUGCACUUGGCUACCAUCCCUAUCACCGGAACUGGUAUCAACCCUGCUCGCAGUCUUGGCGCCGCUAUCAUCUUCAACAAACACCUCGGUUGGCAUGAACACGUACUGGAUCUUCUGGGUGGGACCAUUCAUUGGCGCUGCUCUUGCGGCUCUCUACCAUCAAGUUGUGAUCCGUGCCAUUCCCUUCAAGUCCAAGUGAUCGAAUCAAACGGUUCGUGAUCAAUCAAGUUGGAGGGAAGCAAAACAAAAGAACAAAACAAAACCAAGCCAUGUUUGUGGGUUUCAUUUCAUCAUCAUGAUCUGUUUAUCUUUUCGGGUUUUUUUCUCCUUUUUUAUUUUUAAAGUAAUGUAUGUAAAGGUGGAUGUAAAAUUAUGAUGAUUAUUAGGUGGUGCAUGUGUCGCGUCAUGGGCAUAGUUAUCCUCUACUUUUAAGUUGGAACAGGGCCCAGCUCAUGUGUGAUGUACGGCUGUGAUUGUGUAUUUUGCCAAAUCAAAAAUAACACCCGAGUCAUUUAUGCA